ACAGUCAACUCGGCCACAAUUCUUUAUAAUAUUCUUCAAGUCAAUAAUAAGCAUCGGUAUAAACCAUUGUUGCUUGGCAAUAGUUUGGGUAGUUCUCAUAUUCGGAUUACAUGGUCAAUGCCGAUCAUGAUAUCGUGGGGAAACUCCAAGAGUCUCAAUUGCUCACGCGGGGCUGGUGGGGUUUACUGCGUUGAUAUCGUUGAUAUUGCUGUGACAAUGGACGCUUAUUCAGAUACCAUUGGAAUAAGGAUUGUACCAGACAUACAGUUGUGUCAUGGAUCCAGAUUGGGGGGCCCAGAUUGA